GGAGGGGCGGUGGAGAAAUGAACUAACCGCCGCAGCGAAAGUUCCAUUGACCAGAACAAGAUGAACUGGAACAACAUUUUGACAGGAUUUCUACAGUUAAAUUUCUUUCAAGUGGUCAUUUCUCAUUGCAUGGUAUAUCAGAUUCCUCCACAGACCUUUGAAAUGCCCUGUAUACCAACUAUGGCAGAGGAUGGUUCCACUUGGCAGGAUGUGCAUGGUACAAUUGGAGACAAUGCCACUGUAUUGGUGGCUGGAGAGAAUUUCUUAUGUUGCCACUGGAGUGAUACAUAUAUGAAUUGUUUUGCAUACACUGCAGAAAUGGAAGCCAAAGCACUUAUUUCUUCAAGAAUUGUUGGUUCAACACUUCAGCAGAUAGAUUCAUUUUGGAAUCUGCAGUUUUGGACUAAUGAAACCACAGAAGAAUUGUUUUGUAUUGUGAAAUUAUCUACUAAGUCACCUUAUUUGAAUGAAGACUUUACAGUUAACCUAUUCCAUGCAUUAACAGAUGCAUCACUGGAAAGUGCUUCUACAAAUUUACUAAAGGAAAAUUCUACAGUUACUCAUUGUAAUACUCUAAAAGCCCAAAAAUAUGAAUGUCAGAUAUCUUCAAUAAAACUGAAUCAUAUUUACAUUAUGUGGCUCAAGAUCACUAAUGGAACUAUAUUACUGCAGUCACCACUGAUGUCAGUCAAGCCUAUAGAUAUUGUAAAACCUGACCCUCCAUUAUAUCUGCAAGUUGAAAUGACAGAGACAGGACAAAUAAAAAUCUCUUGGUCUCAGCCAGCAUCUAAAUCCAAUUUAUUUCUAUACGAAGUGAAGUGUUUUACAAACUCAACUAAAAAUUUUCAACAGGUGGCUGAAAUUACCAUGGGAACAUCGCUGACCAUAAAUAAUGAAUUACUCAAAUCUUCAUAUAUAAUUCAGGUUCGAUGCAAGAAUCAUCAGGAAUUAGGUCUUUGGAGUGAUUGGAGCUCACCUUUUAACAUGGAUCUACAAGAUGUCAUGUAUUUCCCUUCCAAACUCCUAGCAAGUGUUGGAACAAACGUUUCUUUUUACUGUGUUUAUAAAACCAAAGACAAAAUGAUCUCAUCAAAGAAGAUAGUCUGGUGGUUGAAUUUAGCAAAAGAAAUCCCAAGUAGCCAGUACACUUUGGUGAAUGACUAUACUAGCAAAGUUACACUUACCAACUUGCCUGCAAUGAAGCCUGGAGGAAAAUUUCUUUUUAAUGCUUUAUACUGCUGUAAUGAAAAUAAGGAAUGUAAUCAUCGUUAUGCUGAACUAUAUAUAAUAGAUACUAAUAUCAAAAUCACGUGUGAAACUUAUGGCAACUUACAAAAAAUGACUUGUUCCUGGUCCAUCAACCCAGAUCCAAUACUUUUGGAGAGUACUUUGCUGUUAAGAUACUACAGAAACGAUAUAUACUGUUCAGAAUCUCCUAGCAUGCAUUCAGAUUCAGAGGUAAAAGGAUGCAAUUUGCGGAGGAAUAAUGUUUAUGAGUGCAUCUUUCAACCCUUUUACCUUCUCUCUGGAUACACUAUGUGGAUAGAGAUUAAGCACUCACUGGGAACAGUUACAUCAAGGCCAGUAUGUGUCCUUCCAAAAGAAGUAGUGAAGCCAUUCUCUCCCUUCAGUGUCAAAGCUGAGAUUACAGAGGACACUGGGCAACUGAAUGUGAGUUGGAAGAACCCUGAACUUCCAAAGAAUGACCUUCAAUAUCAAGUUCGAUAUGCGGCUAGUGGAGAAGAUAUUAACUGGAAGAUUCAGGAAGUUUCUGCUGUAUUGGUUACCACCGUGAGUAUUGCUGUACAAGAUCCCUGUAUAGUUUACAUUAUACAGGUGCGCUGCAGGAUGACUGAAGGAAUUGGCUAUUGGAGUGAUUGGAGCAGAUCUGCUUAUACAGUUGUUAAGGAUAUCAAAGCUCCUUUGAGAGGACCUGAAUUCUGGAGGGUUAUUAAUGAAGAUCCCAUUAUGAACCAGAAAAAUGUCACUUUGCUUUGGAAGCCACUGAUGAAGAAUCUUUCUUUAUGUAGUGUUCUAGACUAUGUAGUAGAGCAUAAUACAUCAGAAAAUAUUGUUUGGUCUGACUAUAUAGGAAAUGACACUACUUACACCUUUUCAUGGUCAGAAGAUAUACAUUCUGUUAAAAUUCUAGCAAUCAACUCAGUUGGACCUUCCUCUGUGAAUUUUAUUUUAACUCUUUCACAACAAAUAAGCACAGUAAACAUUGUGCAAACUCUGAAUAUCUACCCAAUGAACAGCAGUUGUGUAAUAAUGUCCUGGAUACUUUUACCUAUGGAUUAUGUGGUUACAUCCUUUGUAAUUGAAUGGACCAAUCUAAAUGAAGAAGAACAAAUUAAAUGGAUAACAGCUCCUUCUAAUACUAGGAGGCAUCAUAUAUUUGAUAACUUCAUACUCAUUGAAAAAUACAGAUUUAGUUUAUACCCAGUGAUUAAUGAAGGAGUCACAAAACCUGCAAUAACAGAAGGAUUUUCCAAAGAUGGAAUUGAAAAGCAGCACGAUGUGAACUUCUAUGUGAUUCUAUCCUUAAUGAUUUCAUGCUCAUUGCUGCUCCUUGGAGCAUUGUUGAUUUUGCAGCAUAGAAUAAAGAAAUUAUUGUGGGUUGAUGUCCCAAACCCAAAGAAUUGUUCCUGGGCACAAGGAGUUAAUUUCCAAAAGAGAAUGGACAUUCUUUGAAGUCUAAUCUUGGUCACUGCCCGCUGAACCAUUGUUCCAGCUCCCAGACUUCCUUUACAAGUUGUUAGAAGAAUUAUCUAUUUGAAUUCAGAAGACAGAAUUACUUUCCUAUCAUUUCAUUGUCUGCUGACUUUGUUCGUACAUAAUAGUGUUGGAAAUAAUUUUGUACAAAGGUUAUAUUAAUGGUACAUCAUUCUAGGAAUACUAUUUUUCAGCAAGGACAGGUUUUGUUGUGCAAGAGGAACACUUGAGAAUUCAAGGACAGUGGGUACUAUGUUAUAUUCCUUAAUAUAUUAAGUUCCCCUAGAAAACUGAUUAAGUAAGCUCAAAGAAUAGUCUGGGCAACGUAUCUUUAUGACUGGGCUGAAUGAAUAAAGCUGGGAUUAUGUGGUAGCUGGGGAAUGUUCCCAGCACCUGAUUUAGAAUGACGGGUAUAGUUAUAAAGCAUCAUAUUCUUAAAGCCAGCAAUAUCAAGGUUUCUUUAAUUCUACACAUUUCCCUAAAAUUAUUUUGUUUUCUAAAUAAGCAGGUGCUUAUUAUGGAACAUGUUUCUUACUUGGAGCAUCAUAAGCUGAAUCUUUAUAAGCAAUUAGUACAAAACAGCCAAAUAUUUGUACCCAAGACACACUCAGUGUAAGAGUUUUUCCUGAUUAUAGGUAGUCCUCAACCUAAUAACAAUUCAUUUAGUGAUUAUUCGA